GCUCCUGUGGCAGGAUGACCCGGGACGUGGGACUUGACGAUGAACUCCCAGAUUGGGCUGGAGCGAAGGAGUUUUACCAGAAAUAUGAUCCCAAGGAUGUUAUUGGCAGGGGUGUGAGCAGCGUGGUCCGCCGCUGCAUACACAAACAGACAGGUCAGGAGUAUGCGGUAAAGAUUAUCGAACUCACCCCAGACCGCAUGACCCCCCAGCAGCUGGAAGAGGUGCGCGUGUCUACAGGCAAAGAGAUUCAGAUCCUGCGGCAAGUCUCCGGCCACCCCUUUAUCAUUACUCUUAUAGAUUCCUAUGAGUCAUCCACCUUCAUGUUCCUGGUAUUUGACUUGAUGAGACGUGGAGAGCUUUUCGACUACCUGACAGAGAAGGUAACCCUUAGUGAGAAAGAGACCAGGUGCAUCAUGCGAGCCCUUCUGGAGGCGGUGAGCUACCUCCACGCCAACAGCAUCAUCCAUCGGGACCUCAAGCCCGAGAACAUCCUCAUGGAUGACCAGCUGAACAUCAAGCUGUCCGAUUUCGGCUUCUCCUGCCACUUGGAGCCGGGAGAGAAACUGCGAGAGCUCUGUGGAACUCCCGGCUACUUGGCCCCAGAGAUCCUUAAAUGCUCCAUGGAUGAAACUCAUCCUGGCUAUGGGAAGGAAGUGGACCUCUGGGCCUGUGGAGUCAUCUUCUUUACCCUCCUGGCUGGCUCCCCCCCUUUCUGGCACCGCAAGCAGAUGCUGAUGCUUCGGAUGAUCAUGGAGGGGCAAUACCAGUUUGGUUCUCCGGAAUGGGACGACCGGUCCGACACUGUCAAGGACCUGAUCUCACGGUUGUUGCAGGUGGACCCAGUGCAACGUCUGACCGCCGAACAGGCGCUCCAGCACCCGUUCUUUCAGCGCUGCGGCAGCCGCGAGCUCCAGCGCUUCAGUCCCUACCACAAAUUCAGGGUCAUUGCCUGGACCGUCCGGGCCUCCCUCCGCAUCUUCUCCAACUACCGACGGGUGCGGCCUGUCACCAAGGAGCUGCUGAUGUCUGACCCUUACGGGCUCAAGGGGGUGCGCAAGCUGAUCGACGCCUGCGCCUUCCGCAUCUACGGACACUGGGUCAAAAAGGGCGAGCAGCAGAACCGGGCUGCCCUCUUUGAAAACGUCCCCAAGGCCAUCCAGCUGAUCUUGCUGAGCACAGAAGGGGAGGAGCCGCCCUCCUGUACUGCGGACGACUUUCCCAACUAG